GUUUUGUGUCUCCGCAUCUUUUGGCAUCUUGCUUCACACUUGUGCUGCGUCCUACCAGAUCCCAUUCUAAUCAAGAAAAUGGCGCAGAAGCUUAACUUGCCCAAUCUCACCAUCCCUCCGAAUGUUAACCGCUCUAGCUUCCCCUCCACCUUCACCUUCGGCGUCGCCACUUCCGCUUACCAGAUCGAAGGAGGCUGGAAUGAAGGUAAAAAAGGGCCAAAUAUAUGGGACAAGUUCACUCAUCUUGAAGGAAAAGUUCUUGAUGGAAGUAAUGGCGAUGUGGCUGUGGAUCAUUACCACAGAUAUAAGGUUAAGAAAAGAGACUUCUUUUUCCUUUUCUGUUCUUUUUUUCCUUAUUUCUUCACAUUGUUAUUUCAAUCAUUUGCAGGAGGACGUUGAACUUAUAGGGACGUUAGGAUUCAGCGCUUACAGAUUUUCCAUAUCUUGGUCUCGCAUUUUCCCCGAUGGCUUGGGAACUGAAGUCAAUGAAGAAGGGGUUGCCUUCUACAAUAAUCUAAUCAAUUCACUUCUUGAAAAGGGUAUUGAGCCGUUUGUAACUCUGUACCAUUGGGAUCUCCCCUCACAUCUCCAGGAAUCCAUCGGGGGUUGGACAAAUAGGAAAAUUGUAGAUUAUUUUGGGCUCUAUGCAGAUGCUUGUUUUGCCAGUUUUGGUGAUAGAGUGAAGCACUGGAUCACAUUGAACGAACCACUUCAGACCUCGGUGAAUGGACACUGUAUUGGGAUAUUCGCACCUGGGAGAAAAGAAAAGCCAUUGAUCGAACCAUAUUUGGUAUCACAUCAUCAAGUUUUGGCCCAUGCAACUGCCGUUUCCAUAUAUAGAAGCAAGUACAAGGAAAGUCAAGGCGGACAAAUCGGUUUGUCGGUUGAUUGUGAGUGGGCAGAGGCAAAUUCAGAGAAAAUGGAGGACAAGGUUGCUGCUGGUAGGCGAAUUGACUUUCAACUUGGAUGGUUCCUGGAUCCUUUGUUUUAUGGAGACUAUCCUGCAAGUAUGCGCCAGAAACUUGGAGAUAAUCUUCCUACGUUUACUCCGGAAGAAAGGGAGUUUAUGCUUCAGAACUCAUGGGACUUUCUUGGCGUAAACCACUACACUUCGAGGUUAAUUGCUCAUGUCUCAAAUAAAGAAGCUGAGAGUGACUUUUACCAAGCACAAGAACUGGAGAGGCUUGUUGAAUGGGAAGAUGGAGAGCCAAUAGGUGAAAGGGCUGCUUCAGAUUGGCUUUAUAUUGUACCCUGGGGAAUCCGGAGGACUUUAAAUUACAUCAGCGAAAAAUACAACCACCCUCCAAUAUUUAUUACUGAGAAUGGCAUGGAUGAUGAAGAUGACGGAUCUGCUUCUAUGCAUGAGAUGCUAGACGAUAAGCGUAGAGUUGCCUACUUCAAGAGUUACCUUGCCAAUGUCGCUGAGGCUAUCAAAGACGGAGUGGACAUAAAGGGAUACUUUGCAUGGUCUUUGCUGGACAACUUCGAGUGGGCGCAAGGGUUCACCAAAAGGUUCGGUUUGGUAUAUGUGGACUACAAGAACGGUUUGUCUCGUCACCCAAAAUCUUCUGCUUAUUGGUUCAUGAAAUUCCUGAAGGGUGAUGAAGACAACAAAGGUAAAAAAGAUUGAAAAAACAGGAAAAGUAAAGCCAAAGCUAUGUCUACAUUUACAUGAUUUGCGUUGUGUUGUUAUAAAUUUGUACCAAAUAGAUUAUCAUGAUGGAUGGUAUAGAGCCAUAACAAACCAAAUUACUUGGGUUCUUCUUUGGUUUGAAACUCAUAUUCUGACUAAGUUUAUCUU